AUGCGGGAUCGCCCUUGGCUUCACACCGUCAUCUCAGAAGAGUUCAGCGGACGCCAACGGGCCGAGUCCAUAAUGGAUAAAGCCGUUGCCAAGUCAGCCAUCAUGCUUCAGAUCGUUCAUGUUUAUGCAUUUUCAAACUUCAAACCUGGCCAUCAAUCAAACGUACCAGAAACAGCCCCACGAGGCCGAUUUGUCAGGCUCAAUCUACGUAAGAUGAACGAGGGCGAGACAUAUCUCGGAGCCCGGCACACUGCGACAAAGCCUGCAGCACAGACAACGAGUGCACUCAGGUCAACGACUUGUGUUGUGGUGGACGGCGGCGGUGACCCUCAGAAGAAUACUUCCAAGCCCUGCAGCCCCCAAUGCCCAGCUUCCUCGUUUGUGGAUAUGCAGGUCGUUGAGGACGCCGAAUUCCCGUCUGAUCACAUCAAUAUCUGGUCUCCUCCGUAA